ACAAAGAUGGCGGUGUGAGUCGAGUGUUGCGUCCGGCGACCGGUCUGAGGGGCCUUGGGGCCCUGCGAGUAUUCGCUGCGAGCGCGGACGGGGGCGGUUCUGGCCUGCGGCAUGUCCGUCUUCCACGACGAAGUAGAGAUCGAGGACUUCGAGUAUGAUGAGGAAACGGAGACCUAUAGCUACCCGUGCCCGUGUGGGGAUCGGUUCCUUAUCACGCGGGAAGAUCUGGAAAAUGGUGAAGAUGUGGCUACUUGUCCAAGCUGUUCGCUUAUAGUGAGAGUCAUCUAUGACAAGGAACAGUUUAUGUGUGGAGAGGAAGUCUCGGCACCCACAACAAGCAAAGAACUGGUUAAAUGCUGAUGGUUGUUUAAUAAACUGUUGUUCUUGGGAAACGAUGAGGCAAUACUUGGGCAGAAGGAACAAGGGCACCUUUUCCAAAGACUGCCUACACUGUUCGGAAGACUGUGUACUUGUAGUAAUGGACUGCAUUGCAUCUGUUUGGAAGGAAACUGAUAUGUUGAAGGCACUGAAUGUGUUUUAUGUGCAUAACAAGUUCUUAAUAUUAAAGAUACAGCGUAUUUUUUCAAAUGUGAGAUUGAAAACUGAGACAGUUGGCUGUAUGUGAAGGUGACUUGGUUUCCCCUUGUCCCUAAAUUCAACAAAUAUGUGUUAAUUUCAAAUGUUUUAGAUUCUUCCUGUCAGUGGGCAGAAUGUGACCACGAGGUCCUAUAAUAAGAGGAGGAAGGCCCUCUUCCAUACCAGGUUGAUGCUUUCAAGAUGAUCUGUGUUACAGGAAAGAUUUGUUGAAACCAAAAUUGUUCUAAGUAUCUUGUUAGCUUUUAUUAUCUGAUUAUGGAAGAGAGAUCAAAGUCUCAGAAUCAAUCAAUCUAUAACUUUAUGACAGUUUUAAAACUGUCCAAUAUAGUUAAAACUGUCCAGUUUAAGACCUUUUUCCAGGGACCAUAAAUUUACAUAAUUUGUAGAUCAGUCGAUAAAUAGUCCACUGGACCUGUUUAACAGAUGGAGGAGGAGGAGUUGUCUCGAUAUAGAAUGUAUUUAUUAUGGUCAGGUGACCAGCCCACGAAACAUAUCCA